ACUAGCCGCGGCCGGAUGUCGAUACGGCCGAUGCCCCGAGUUCCACCCUUAGUAGCUUACCAACGGUUCGUCCGGCAGGUUGGUAGCGGUAUCGAACGAAUGGAAAUAGCCGAGUUCUACUGCCGGAACGUUGCCGUACUGCUUCCGGUGCUUCUAGUGCUGCUGCUGGUGGUGCUGCCGAGCGCCAACAAUCGCAAGGCCCGUUCGGUGGGAUCGGUAGCCGCCGCCGCCGCUCCACCCACCGACCCGUCCGACUGCGAUCUGCUCGGGUGCGGCGGUAUCUACGAGUGUUACGGCAAUGGUUGGGUGAACUAUCUGCCGUACCGGGCCGGCGAACGGUACAACAUCCCGCUGAGCGCGUUCCACGCCGGGGCCAGCACGCAGCAGGGCCAGCCGGAGUGUCUGCUCGGCACGGCCAACAACUAUCUGCCGUGGGUGACGGAGGACGGCCGGCUGACGGUACGGCCCGGACCGCAUGCGCUCGAUCUGUCCAGCCUGCGGCUGUCCGAUCACGGUGUGCAGGGCUUGGUGCAGGGUGUCAGCGCACUGAUACCACUUGAAGAAGUGCUUCAUCUAUCGAUCGCACGGAACGAGCUAACGCUUGUACCCUCACCAACGCUGAAAAAGUUCCAAAAUGUGCGCCUCCUCUCGCUGAGUGGCAAUUUCUUCACCGAAUUCUCCAACGACACAGCCGAACACAACCGUUUGCCACUGCUGACCAAGCUGCGGGUGCUGGAUAUGCGCAACUGUAGCUUGCGCACACUGCCCGAAGCGUUCUUCCGCAAUGUAAACCUCGAGUAUCUGUUCCUGUCGCACAAUCGCAUCACAACACUGCCGGCGGAGAUAUUCUACCCGCUGCGCAGCCUGCUCCAUCUCGACCUGUCCAACAUGGAUACGCGGCGCACGGGCGAGGAGCGGAUCGAGAACCCGUUCAUGAAGCUGAUCGCGGGCGUCGACCUGCAUCAGGAUAUCUUUUUCCCGCUCAUCAGCCUGGUGUUUCUCGAUCUGUCGAACACGCGGCUUGAGUAUCAGGCGUUCAUUGCGCUGCGCUCGGUGCAGUGGCGCGUCCAGUACGUCAGCUACUGCAACAUUGGGCUGCCCGCGAUCGUCGACUAUCUGUUCGUGAGCAAAAAGAUCGCAAUGCUGGACAUUUCGUACAACGUGGGGGUAGCGCAGUCGCUGCACUCGGCCAGCUUCACGCUGCUGGCCGACAGUCUGGAGGUGCUGUACUUCAAGGACUCGAUGGUGCAGCAGCUGAACUGGCUGGUGCCGCUGCAGCGGCUGCGCGUGCUGAAUCUGCGCGGGAACAUACUGCGCAUGCUGCAGCGGGAAAGUUUCGCCAAUCUGACGCAUCUGGAGCAGCUGGACCUGAGCUACAAUUACAUCUCGGCCUGGAAUCAGCAGAUCCUCACCACUACCACCGCACUGCAGAGUGUAAAUUUGCGAAACAAUAGCAUCGUCAUUCUAACGACGGACAUGCUGUACGACUUCUCGCGCCUGUCGGCCAUGGGCCUUGGUGGCAAUACGAUCCAGUGUUCGUGCAAUUAUGUAAAGUUUUUGCGCAACAUUCUACACAACCGGACGGAUGUGGCGGGAGCGUACACGAUCUCGGCCGAGCCGCUCAUCGUGGGCAGACGGGGGUCGGGUACGAUCUCCAACAAGCUCUCGCUGCAGCACGUGCAGCUGUUCGACUACGAGGAGUCGGAGUAUCUGUGCAUGAACUUUACCAGCAAUCAGAAGCUCGAUCCGCUGGAGCUGCAGGACUGCAUGAUACCGGAGGAUGAGCUGAUCAAUUCGGAUAUUCCGGAGGAGGGCGAGGAUGAGCCAGCGCACGCGAAAAACCACACGCUGGUGUACAUACUGGUCAGUGUGGCGGUCAGCUUCCUUAUCCUUACCGGGGUUGGGCUGUUUUACUACUGGUUCCACAUAAAGUACUUCUUCAAGAUCAUGAAAAACUCGGCCGUGCUUAGCUUCUUCAACGACGAGAAGCUGUACCUGGACAAGAGCGGGUUGCUGAAGGAGGCCGACUUCCAUUACGAUGUGUUUGUAAGCUACAGCAAUGCGGAUCGGUCCUGGGUGUUGGAUCAUCUGCUGCCGAACAUGGAGGGAGUUAGUCAGAUCAAUCUUUGUCUGCAUGAGCGUGACUUUGAGGUUGGGUAUGGCAUAUUGGAGAACAUAAUAUCGUGCAUGGAUCGGUCACGCUGUCUGAUGCUGAUCGUUUCGGAAAGCUUUCUGCUUAGCCACUGGUGUCAGUUCGAGAUGCAUCUCGCUCAGCAUCGAUUGCUUGAAACAUGCCGCGAUGAGCUCAUUCUCGUGCUGCUGGAAGACAUCCCCAGGCGCAAGUGUCCGAAAACGCUUAGCUAUCUGCUGAAGACGAAAACGUACAUCAAAUGGCCCACCAAGUCGGUGCACGAGCAGGCACUGUUUUGGAAGCGAUUGCAUAAAACUUUGCUAACAUCGAAAGCAUAGCAUACCUUCAGGCGCACCUAUAUAUUCACCACACACUCACCACCCCGUAGCACAGUUUGCAUUGGCGCGAUUCUGCCGUUGUCGAAAGAGAUUGCUGCAAGCAUUUGUUGUGUGAACGUGACCAUAUCUAUUACGCAUAUACUGUUCAUGAUUGGCAUGAAGCAAUGAUUAAGAAAGUAUCUGCCCUCUUUAGGAGGAGUAUUAUCGUGUUAAUAAAUAGUUUAAAUAUAGUACAAAUUAUUGGUAUAACGUAA